AUGGCCUCCUCCCCCGACCACAACCACACCUUGAACGGCGAUUCCAACACCCACACCUCCAAAAAGCCCAAACUCUCCUUCAUCACCCCCUCUGAAAUCGCCGCCGAAUUCUCCCACCACGACCCCACCGUCGCCCGGAUCAACAACGGCAGCUUUGGGUCCUGCCCCGACUCCGUCCUCCACCGCUGGCAGCUCAAGUACCUCUCCCAGCCCGAUCACUUCUACUUCAACCACCUCCAAGCCGGCAUCCUCCACUCCCGCACCCUCAUCAAUGCCGACCACGUCGAUGAGGUCUCCAUAGUCGACAACGCCACCGCCGCCGCCGCCAUCGUCCUCCAGCAGGCCUCCUGGGGCUUCUCCGAGAGCAAGUUCGAGCAGGGCGACGUCGUCGUCAUGCUCCACUACGCCUAUGGCGCCGUCAAGAAGUCGAUUGAGGCCUACGUCACUCGCGCCGGCGGGCACGUCAUUGAGGUACCCUUGCCGUUUCCUUUGAAUUCCAACGAUGAGAUUGUAACCGAGUUUAAGAAGGCUUUGGAGAAGGGGAAGGCUAAUGGUAGGAGGGUUAGGUUAGCUGUGAUUGAUCAUAUUACUUCAAUGCCUCUAAUAUUGGUGUGA